CCCAACAAAGAGGCGUAGCGUUGACUGACAGAUAGAAAUGCUAACUCAAAGCUAGCACUGAUGCUAGCAAGUCGAGAGGUUUUUUUUUGGUUUGAUACUUUAAAAUGAAUACAUUUUAAAUGUUUGUAACAAUUACACGAUCUUUUAAUGGUGCAUAAAAGUACAGAUUUCUGUGAGGACCCCUGACAUUGCGGCUAAUCCGCGAGCUAAAGCUAAGAUGAAAAGAGGCUGUCAAAAAGGUCUCGCGCAUCAUUAGGUCACUACGCAUGCGCGAGAGUGUUGCGCAUGCGCGGCGGAGCCCCUUGUGUUAACGUAUAAGAGCUAAAAAAGAGCAGGAAGAAAACGUCUUGAGGUUUUUGGGGGCUUCAGGCUUCAUGUGGAUUCUAAAGAAAAUCAUGAGGACUGCGGUUAGCUGACAGCAUCCCACACGACCUGCAGACAUGGCUGCCUCGUGUCAGUAGCGAUGUGAAAGUGUUCACAUUCACCGCAGCUUUCUUUCUGGAUCAGUUUUGUGUGAUUAGUUCUCACAAGUCCAGGAUGAAGAAAUUUAGUCUCAACACGAUCAAAAAGUCGUUGAGUAUAAAAGGGAAAGAAGAGAGCGAGUAUGCAGUGUCUCAGCCGGACCUGUCCAGCGCCUUUCCGUCUUCAGAGCCUUCUCUUUACGGAGGCUGCUACAACAAGGACCUCGCAGAUGAUAAUCUGGAUAACAAGGAACUGAAAGGAUGUAAAAGUCGCUCUAAAAGCGAAGGUCUUAUGGGAACGCUGAAGAGGAGAUUGUCGACCAAGCAGAAACCAAAGGUCAAAGCGAGUUCUCCGUCCGUUUGCUCGAUCGAAGACGACGCUUUCUCGUCGUCCUCAGAGCCGAUCACGUUCCGUGACCUGAAGUCGCAGCAUUCCUCUCGCUUGCAGUCUUUACAGAGCCACCAUUACAGCCCGACGCCAUGGCCUCUCAGAGUGACCACCUCGGAGGAGAUGGGCAACGCCAGGGUCAGCGGUCUGAUCCCGUCCAGUAAUUCGAGUUUGUCUCUCAAUGCAAUCCAGAAGAACUUCCUAGCAGACGAGAUGUUUGACGGUCCGAGUCCUGACCCCCAGAACAGCGAUUUAGAAAUGGACGAUCAUGUGCCUGUAGUCAUCGGUCUUUCAGCUCAGGAUUACAUUCAGUACGCGUUGCCUUUAGAUGACGGGCUUUUCUCUGUCGACGGUGCGCCUCAGCCUUUUUGUCUGGACGGAACGUCUCCGAUGGACGUCUUGCCUCAGAGCGAGUGUUCUCUCCAUGCUGACGAAGACUCCAUCAUCAAUCAUGACCUCCUUUCUCCUGACAUGUUCAUGGAUCAGUCAGUAAACCGGCUCAUCCUGAACUCUGCAAGCGUUCUUCUCCAAAGCUCACACCUUGAAUCUCCUCUGCUACCUCCACUUCCUGUCAGCAGUUUUUCCAGGUUCGGUGGUACCCAAGUCAGCGAUUCGGUUCUGGAACAUCUCAGCUUCGAUCCGAAUUCAGCACCAGGAGUCCAGCGGGUGUACGACGCAGUGCAGACCAGUGGGCCGAUGGUGGUCACAAGUCUCACGGUGGAGCUGAAGAAACUGGCCAAGCAGGGAUGGUACUGGGGUCCGAUUACGCGCUGGGAAGCUGAAGAGAAGCUCACCAACCUUCCGGACGGUUCCUUUUUGGUUCGGGACAGUUCUGAUGAGCGAUACCUGCUGAGUUUAAGUUUUCGUUCGCAAACAAAGACGCUUCAUACUCGGAUCGAACAUUCCAACGGUUCCUUCAGCUUCUACGAGCAACCCGACAUGGAGGGCCACACGUCCAUCGUAGAGCUCAUUGAGAAUUCCAUCAGGGAUUCGGAGAGUGGCGCAUUCUGUUACUCCAGGUCACGUUUACCCGGGUCUGUCACGUACCCUGUCAGACUGACCAAUCCCGUUUCUCGGUUUAUGCAAGUGCGCUCGCUGCAGUACUCGUGCCGCUUCGUGAUUCGUCAGUACACGCGCAUCGACCUGAUCAGGAAACUGCCUUUACCCAAUAAAAUGAAAGAUUACCUACAGGAGAAACACUACUGAGCCUGAGGACCACGCACUUUCUAGGAUGUCAUAAUGAACAAAUGAACUUUCCAUGGCUCAUAAAUAUACAUUUUUGCUUUUUUUUUUUUUUUUUUCCCAACAGAGGAAAAAUGGUUUGUUUGUUCAGUGUUUGAACACGUAGCAGAUUAAUUGUUAAGGUCGAGUGAACACAACAUAUCGCUCCUGCAUGCUCAUUUACACUUCUAGUAUUAUUUCUAAUUCGCAUUCUGAGUCUAUGAACAAAUGUUAAAAGCGCUACGCCAGCGUUUCGCCUUAACGUGUUUUCUAGCACAAUAAUAAGCUAUAAAGUUAAUCUAAUUUCACUUUUUGUUCUUUAUUAAGGCCAGACCUGGUGUUUAAACACAUCGCUGUGUUCACAUUGACUGCGGUUACAGUAACAAAUGAUAACGUUUUAAACUAAAGGUUUUUUUUCCUCCGUAAAUGAAAUUUGGAUCAAAAUGAUAAAAUGUAUACAAUAUAUAAUUUGACUUUUACAUCAGAUCUUUAGAAUCAUAUUGCCCACUCCAAAUCUUUUUAUAUUUUACUAAACUGACGCACCUGAUCACAAAUCUUUUUUUUAUUUCUCCAAGUCGUUAUUCAGUGGGACAAGAAUUCCAAGUCUACAUGAACAGAACAGACAAUCCUCACUAUUAUUGCUGUAGCUGAGUGUGAAAGAAUGUUUAAACGCAGGUGUAGUGUGUCCUGGAAAUGUGACGGACAUCUAUAUACUUCACGAACAUUAGUGAGCUGAAUUUUAACCUGAAGUUAAAAAUUUAAUAAAUCAAAUUAAAUGUUCAUCUCAAACCCUCUAUAGGCUUAAAAAAAAGGUUCUGUUAGCUGAUUAACACCUGGUGAUAAAGAUCUGCUAAAGGUUAAGUAUUAAUUAGCGUCCCUGUACCUGAUCUGAAUUUUCAUCAUUAUUAUUAUUAUUAGUAGAGGAUCAUACACUCCUGUACCAUUUCCUGAUUCUCCCUGUAAGUUCCUAACCCCCGUGUUUAUUACCUUGUGCACUAUUUUAAAGCGUGCUGUGAAAAAUCCCAUAAUGCACUGCAACAGAUUGAUGUCCACAUAGUAAUACUGAUUACCCAUAAUGCACUUUGUACAGACUAGGGAAGUGCUGUGAAGGAUUUUAUGAACACCGUUAAAGGUACGUUUGUUUAUUUAUAUUUUGUAAUGAUUUUUAAGUGCAGUUAUUUCUCUACAGUUUGUUUCCCGUUUCCUUUCAUUCGGUUCGUCUGUCUGGUUUUUGGAUCAAGAAUCAUUUAUUCAUUUUGAGUACAGUGACAUCGUAAUUGUUAGAGGAUUGGAGAGUAGGGAUUUAAAAUGUCGUCACAAUGACCUCCAAAUAAAACGUUUAACGUUAUAAAAACAUCCCAAGUUCUCGCUUGAUUCUCGCAACUGUAAAAAAGUGUACAGUUUUACUUCUGACUAUUACACAGCACUGACACUAGAGAUUCCUUCAUAUAAUAAACAUCACUUAAACACCUCUGUUUACAUGCCCCUGUUGCUAUAGAAACGAUAAUGUACAGAGCUGCUGUAAUAGAUCAUUAAUGAACAUCUUGUGACCAGUCAGAAUGCGUCAUGAUUAUAACAUUUUAAUUGAGGUUGUCAGACAGAAUUUGGUAAAGCCCCGCCCACUUCCAUACACAUGAUGUCACAAAUCAUAUAAUCAUUCAGUGGUGGUUGCCCACUGUUUUGUUGGUGUUCCAGUGGGUUCUCUGCAGGUUUAUUAUGUUUAGAUGAAACCUUUUGUUCAGUGGGUGUGUCCUGACGUUACACUUUUAUAUCAUGUCCAAACGAAUCUUUAUCAAGUAACAAUUUAUAAGCAAAAGCGAGUUACUAAGAAAAAUGUGAUCAAUCGGGACCACGUCAUUAGAAAUGUCCCUUCCUCUCAUGAAAUAGUCACGCAUAUAUUAAAAAUAUCUCCUCCUCAUCUGUAUUUAUUUUUGUGUUUACGUGUGUGUGUGUGUGUGUGUGUGUGUGUGUGUGUGUGUGUGUGUGUGUGUGUAAGAAUAUUCAUCUGGCUGCUUGUCUGUGAUUUGUGGUUUUGUACCUGAUUGCUGGAUCUCGUACAUUGCGUUACUUGAACACGUGUUGUUCUUCGUUUUAAUUGUGUAUUCGUUUUUUCGCUGCUCACAAACAUAAUCACAUGACCACUCUGUGCUGUCAUACGCUCAUGUUCAGAUCAUGUCACGCUAGCUAGCUACAUUAAACCCUAGGAGCGAUUUCUAGCAAAAAAAUAUAACACAAUAAUACAUAUUUCUGUGUGGGCAGAGCUCUGUCACAAGUUCAACCCACGUAUAGUGAAAUAUCUCACACAUUUUUAUUUUUUUUAUCAUUCAUUGUUAUUGUUUAGCGUACAGUUGAAUCACGGUGUAAUAGUCAUGACUGUUAUUGUGUUACUCUUUUACACGUGGUUGUAUUUUAAAGCUGCAGUAUGUAACUUUCUUGGAUUUGGUCACAUUAACAUUAUAUUCACAUAAUGGAUCUGUUAAGCCACGCCCCUUUAAUCCAGAAACACACAGAUCCUGUGCAAAUCUUUUGAAUUAUUCUCUAAUUAAAUUUCAUUGUUUAAAAAAAGAUUCCUUUAUUUGUCAACAGAAAAAAAACGCAGAUUUAAAAUAUGGGUUUUGGUUUCGUGCCGCUGAAUUUAACAGAACUGUUUCCUUUUGUUCGGUUUUUUUAUUGUAUUUACGACAAAACACCUGAGAAUCACGUACAAAGUUCGUCUGAAAUAGGGACCUUUUUUUUUUUUUUUUUUUAAUGCUGCUUUUUGAACGUGAGCACAAUAACGCUACCUGUGAAGACGUCUGUCUUAAAUGUCUCAAACGCAAGGACAAGGAAACGUUAAACUUCCCAUGAUACCGGUCUUGUACGUGAAUAUUGCGAUGUAAUGUAUCGGUGAUUAUCGGCACAGGUUUCGCUGUUCGCAGGUGAAGUGUUUUAGGGGAAUUUUUUCUGUUCUUGUUGGUACUUUAGAUUUUUGUAUUAUUGUUUGACUUUAUGGCUGUUCUCCAGUCCACGUGGUUUACGGAUUAAAUCAUAUUUUUGGGAUGAAAUUUCUGGUUGUGGAGGAAAGACGGAGAUGUGAAUGUUUGGGGUUUUGGGAAAUAAGUGGUGGAUUUUCAGACAUUUUUCCACUUAUGAUUUAGAUCUUUGGGGGGGGAUUUAAAUGUUUUAUAUCUACUCUGAAAUGUAAAUAAAAUCUUAUUCUCCGA